AUGAAUGACUGGUACUUCCAGUGCAUCCCGGGGUCUUCGGACCCUACCACCGCCUCGAAGUCGACGGCGGUACCUACGACCAGCUCAAGCACCAGCACAGCCCCGACUUCGCAGCCCACCUCACCCGAUGGCGGCUGCGAGCCCGGUACCUUCAAGUGGCUCGGCGUGGACGAAUCGUGUGCGGAAUUCGGCCAGGGCAAGUAUCCCGGUGUCUGGGGCAAGGACUUCAUCUUCCCGGCGGAAUCUAGCCUAUCUACGCUCAUCGCGGACGGCUACAACAUGUUUCGCAUACCCUUUUCCAUGGAGCGCAUGGCACCCGAACAGCUCACCAGUCCUCUCGCGGCAGCAUAUCUACAGAAUCUAACGCAGACAGUCAACUUUAUCACCAGCAAGGGGGCUUGGGCAGUGGUCGACCCACACAACUUCGGCCGUUACUACGGCAAUAUCAUCACCGACAAAGCUGCCUUCCAGAAGUUCUGGGAGAACCUGGCGGCGGCGUACAGGACCAACGACAAGGUCAUUUUCGACACCAACAACGAAUAUCAUGACAUGGACCAGACGCUCGUCCUCAACCUCAACCAGGCUGCGAUUGAUGGGAUACGCGCAGCGGGCGCCUCGAGCCAGUAUAUCUUUGUCGAGGGCAACUCGUGGUCUGGCGCGUGGACUUGGAAUGUGACCAACAACAACCUCGCCGCUCUGAGCGACCCCAAGGGCAAGCUCGUGUACGAAAUGCAUCAGUAUCUGGACUCUGACGGCUCCGGAACAUCAGAUGCCUGCGUCUCUGUCGACAUUGGUGUGCAACGCGUCACGGGUGCCACGGCGUGGCUGCGCCAGAAUGGCAAGAUUGGCAUUCUAGGCGAGUUCGCCGGCGGGGCAAACGCUCAAUGCCAGACGGCCAUCAAGGGUAUGCUCGACCAUCUCAAGGCCAAUAGCGACGUCUGGACAGGCGCUUGCUGGUGGGCUGGCGGACCAUGGUGGGCAGACUACAUCUACAGUUUCGAGCCGCCGAGUGGGAAGGGUUAUACCUACUACAACUCCCUCCUCAAAACCUAUGCGCCUUGA